CGCGAUCACAACAUCCGCUUUGUGACGCUGUGGCGCGGGCAAGAUGGGAGUCUCAAGGUUGCCGUCUGCGGCGCUUUCUCUAAAACAGUUUUUACAGAGACAAAGGGUUUUGGGGAUUUACAGAAAUAUGAUGAGGACCAUACGGAAGGUACCAGACGAGGCGGACCGGAAGUACCUCAGUGACUGGGCACGAGACGAGUUCAAGAGGAACAAGAGUGCCACAAACCAGGAUGCCAUCCGUAUGAUGAUCACACAGGCUAACAACCACUUAGAGGAGCUGCAGGGCUCUCUGGCUUUGGCCGGCAGUUAACAUCCUGGGUUUUGCUGUGGACUAUUGGCUGAUCUGGACUCUGUGGAGACUCGGACGACCGACUGAUCAGGGCGGUGUCAUUGUGUACAAUAUGAAGUGUAUUGACGCUCGUCUUUGGCCGUUCAUCUUUUUGAUGGAACUGACCGGAAGGCAUCAUCCUGGAAAACGUCCUGUGUUGCUGUUCAGCAUACAGUGGUGAGGACCAUCGUCAUGGAAACUCAUUCAUCGAUUUGCCAGACUUGUUUGUGCUGUAUAUUAUAUAUAUAUAUAGUAAGUAUUAAAGAGGAACUCAUGAACGUGAACAAUCUUCUUUUAUGCACACGGUUUUCUGGCAUUAUCAUACAAGUUACACAUAAUUACCAUUUAUGCGCAUCGCUGCAUUAAAUGUACAGCAACAUAACUUUUAAUAAAAGGGACAAUGCAACACCUUCCUGAGACACCAUAAAUUGAGGAUUGAAUAGUGUCACAUGUCAUAAUGCAUAAAAGGGAUGCAACGUCA